AUGCAGCUCCAAACAUGGACUCCUACUUUUAAGGCUAAUGAAGAUUCUCCUGUGAUACCUACCUGGGUGAUAGUACCAGAAUUACCAUGGCAUUUAUAUUACAUGGAGGUUUUUACAGUGUUGUUAUCUCCGAUUGGUAAAGUACUACACCUGGAUGUUGCAUCCAUGCAGAAGACUAGGGGGAGUGCUGCAAAGGUGAAGAUGCAGAUAGAUUUGACAAAAUCAAGACCUCACUAUGUCUGGCUUGGAUUUGAUGAAGAGCAGGAUGAGAAUGGAGAUGGCCAAUGGAUUGAAGUAGAAUAUGAGUAUUUGCCUAAUUACUGUCUACAAUGCAAACAUCUGGGGCACUCGAUGCAACAAUGCCCAACAAAAAAAAAAGAGGAGGAGGGUAAGAAACAGGAUGUUGCUGAAGCAUCAGGUAAACAGGACAACCAAAGCAUCUUCAACAAUGUAAGAAGCACAAGCAUGCAGUAA